CUCUCUCUCUCUCUAUGGAUCAUAAUUGUGAAGUGAGAAUAAUUAAAGGCAAAAACAUUGAGACAAAACCAAAUGGAGUAGUAUUUGUUAGAUGCUAUCUUAAUGCAGGAAACGGGUCAAGAGUGAGAUUAGACAGCAAAGAAAUCCCAUCAAAAUCCGACUCCAUCACUUGGAACCAAACCUUCUCUCUACACUGCUCGGGCACCCAAGAAUGCUUCCAACAAGGAACCCUAGUUUUUGAGCUCCGGCGGAGGAGCGCCUCUGCCGCGCCAUUCAUCAGCAAAAUUCAGGGAUCGAGACUCAUCGGUAGAGCCGAGAUUCGGUGGGAGGAUGUCGUGGGUUCGACCAACAUGGAGGUCGAGGACUGGGUCGUCCUGACCCCACACAAAAAACAACGUGUAUACGAUGACAUCAUCAAUCCUCCAACUGCACUGCAAAUAGGAGUGAAGCUUCGAGAACGUUGUAGUGAGGGAGUGGGGAGGAAGACACUUAGUGAAGAAAGGUGUGGUUGCAACUUUUGUGUUGAUCAUGAAUUUUUUGCCAUCGAAGCUGCUUUAGAAGCGUUAUAGACCAUUCUUUUUCCUCUUUUUUUUUUCUUGUCUCCGUCCAACUGAAUUAUAGCAUAAUAUUAUUUCGUGCGCUUCAAAUAUUUCAUGCAAUUAAAAUGAUAUUGAAAAUAAUAUCGCUGCUAAAAUAAUCGU